AUGAGACCCACCACAUUGACGCGAGCUGCAAGGCUCAACUGCCUCAAGCCUGUUGCGCUCAAUGGUAUUUCGCGAAGAUGCUUGACUAUGCUCACUCCUCCCAAAUUUGAGAACGAAAAGACGUUGAACUAUGCCAAAGGUUCCCCGGAAAGGGCAGAGUUGACCAAGACUAUCCAAAAACUUAAGGGAGAAUUUCCUUUUACAAUUCCUAUUACCAUCAACGGAUCUGAGAUCGAAACGAAAGAGUCACGAUCUCAACUUAACCCUUCGAAGCAUAGCGAAAUUGUCGCAAACUACGCAUCCGCUACCCCGGAACAAGUUAAUGCGUCUAUUGAUGCAGCUCUCAAGGCAAAGCCAGCCUGGGAAGCCACACCUUUCGAAGACCGAGCUGCCAUCUUCUUCCGCGCAUCCGAACUGAUCACCGGAAAGUAUCGUUCGGAGAUUGUCGCAGCAACGAUGCUGGGCCAAGGAAAAAACAUUUGGCAAGCAGAAAUCGAUGCUCCAGCAGAGACAGCAGAUUUCUUCCGUCAUUACAUUCAAGAAGCAUGGGCUCUGUACUCUCAGCAACCUAGAGUCCACCUUCCUGGAAGCUGGAACAAGAUGGAAUACCGCCCACUCGAAGGAUUCACAUAUGCCAUCGCGCCUUUCAACUUUACUGCACUUGGUGCUACCCUUAUUGGACCGGCUGCAUUGCUUGGAAACGUGGUUAUCUGGAAGCCUUCAGACUCUGCUCUUCAUGCUAGCUGGCUACUCCACAGGAUCCUGAUCGAAGCUGGCCUUCCUAAGGAUGUUGUUCAAUUCCUACCUGGUGAUGCUGAGCAGGUCACCAACACUAUCCUUAAGAGACCCGAGUUCGGGGCUCUAACUUUCAUUGGUGCAACCGCUACAUUCAAGGGGAUUCAGAAGAAGAUCGGUGAUGGCAUCGGUGCCGGCAUUUACAACUCCUAUCCACGAGUGGUAGGCGAGACGGGUGGCAAGAACUGGGGCAUUGUUCAUUCCUCGGCAGAUGUGAGGAGUGCUGCACUCAACACCAUCCGUGCAGCCUUUGAGUACCAAGGACAGAAGUGCUCUGCAAACUCGCGUGUGUAUGUUGCAGAGUCUGUCUGGCCGGAGUUCAAAAAGGUCCUAGCUGAGGAGACCGCGGCACUUCAGGUUGGAAAUGUGGAAGACUACGGAAAUUUCGUCAACCCGGUCAUCCACGAGCGAUCAUUUGAUAAGCUCAACAACUUCAUUGAGAGCGCGAAGGCGGAUUCCGAGUUGGAGCUCAUUGUUGGUGGCAAGGCUUCCAAAGAGGAGGGCUAUUACGUGCACCCCACCAUCUACCGAACUUCCAACCCGCGCAACAGAAUUAUGUCUGAAGAAUUGUUCGGGCCUAUUCUUGGAGUAUAUGUUUUCCCCGAUGCUGAAUGGGAGCAGACCCUGAAGCUGCUGGACACAACUUCUCGCUAUGCUUUGACAGGUAGCAUCUUCGCAAAAGAUCCAUACGUGGGUCGUCAGGCUUCCACUGCCUCGAAGCAUGCUGCAGGUAUGCUAUAUAUGAACACCAAGUGCACUGGUUCGACCGUUGCGCAGCAGCCAUUCGGUGGUAGCCGAGACUCAGGCACGAACGAUAAGACUGGCACCAUGGCGCAUUUGCAGCGAUUUGUGAGCACUCGCACAAUUAAGGAAGAGUUUGUCCCGCUUGACAAGGUGACAUAUCCUUCAAAUGAGGUGUGA